UCUGAGUCUGGAACUAACAGGUGCAUGCUUUAGUCCCUGCUGGUCAUUACUUAGUCCUCUGUGGCAUUAUGGGUUGGGUACAAAUUGUGCUCACUUUUUGGUUAAUGCAGAUUCGUUUUGGUGACUCUUCAAUUCCCAUAUUAGCAAACUCAAAAUAUUUUCCAAUUAACCCUUCGCUAACUACAGUUACUUUGGAAAAACCAUACUGUGUGUUUACUGGACUAGGUGGUAAAGUCUAUCUGUUUGCUUAUAUAAACGGCGCUGCCAAUAAAUCUGUUACGUACAAGGCCAACGCCAAUGAUGAGUACAUUAUCACAUCUACUUACUCCGUGACAAAUGGAGGACGUGAUGGGCCGUAUAUAGUGGACUCUUUUGACAUUCCUAUUUGUCCUCAAAGUUUAGAAAAUAUAUCCAGUCCUAUUUAUUUUGUCUUCAGAGUGGGAAGUAACGUAAGCUGCGUAGAUGAUCCAAACACUGCUGGACCGUGUAAUGCACCGCUUUUGUAUGACACCACCUAUAGGUUUAAAUAUGUAGUAGCAGAUGCAAACAGAAAGUCUCUUGGACAAACAGACUGGUCUGCUAAAAUCGCUACAAGAAAAGCCAAAAGUUAUGAUACUAUUGACACAUGGCCUGGCAGACGAAGUGGUGGUAUGAUUGUCAUAACGUCUAUUCUCAGCGUUCUGCUCUUCUUCCUGUUAGCGGGUUUUGUUGCUGCAGUUGUCUCAAACUUCAUGACUGAACCAUCUGGGAUAGCAACUACAACCCAUGAAACUCGCAGCUCUCUCAAUGUGCCACAAAAGCAACAGACUAGCUCAGAACCGGGAUUGUCUGCAGAGCGGGAACGUUAUUCUAUAAACCCACAGGCCUAAAAUGCCUCAAAACCUGACUCAUUUAUCUUAGGAAAUCUAUUUCCUAUUUUUGUUGAGGUUAUGAAUGAAAGCUUGUUCUAAACAGUGUAAAAAAGAAUUAAGCCAUAAUUCGGAGUGAACACAUAAUGUGGACUGAAUUACCCUCGUUUCUAUAAAGGGGUGUAUACAUUAUUUGAUUAUCUUUACAGAAUGUGGUUUAGUGAUACCUAUUGUUUCUGCACAUUUCUAAGAUACUGUGAUUAUGUGCCUGCUUCCUCCAUUAAAACAGAAGUUGUAUAUGGAAAUUUUGUAUUACUUAAAAGGACAUGAAACUCAAAUUUUUUUUCUUUCAUGAUUUAGAAAGAACAUGCAAUUUUAAACAACUUUCUAAUUUACUUCUAUUAUCUAUUUUGCUUCAUUCUCUUGAUAGACUUUGCUGAAAAGCAUAUCUAGAUAGGCUUAGUAGUUGCUGAUUGGUAGCUGCACAUAGAUGCCUCGUGUGAUUGGCUCACUCAUGUACAUUGCUAUUUCUUCAGCAAACAAUAUCUAAAGAAUGAAGCAAAUUAGAUGAUAGAACUUAAUUGGAAAGUUGUUUAAAAUCGUAUUCUCUAUCUGAAUCAUGAAAGAAAAAUUUAGGGUUUAGUGUCCCUUUAACUUUUUGUAGGUUUGACAAGUGGCAAAAAAUUCAGUUACUGGAAUUAAUUUUACUUUUAUUUAUAAUAAUAAUAAUAAAAAAGCAUAAAAGUCAACUUCUGCCAGCUUGUUAAUCUGAUUUUGUGUGUGUGUGUUUUUUUUUUUUUUUUUUGUCAGUUCAACUUUCAAAUUGUAACAAUGUUUUGUAUGUGUAUCUUAUUAAAUAAAAAUUGUUUUAAUUUU